GCAGCACCACAAGAAGGAGGAGACGCAGCGAGAGAAAGUGGCGCCAUCGACAGAAGCAAGCGGCUCCCUCCGCAAUCUCGAAAAUGGCGGACGCGCUCUCGUCGCCGGAAGUCUCUCUCUUUCUCUCCCUCAUCGAGCUCAGAAGGUUCGACGAUGCGGCUCUCGGCCUUCUCCGGACCUUGCUGGUCUCCAAGGACGUGGACUCGGCGGUUCAAGUGCGAUCGAGCCUAGAACGGUUCCUGAGAUUCGAGACUCUUCGUGUACUUCGGGAGAUCGUGGAUGAGAGCGUCGUUCGUGUGCUUUCGGUUCUCGAGUUCCUGGUUCGAGCUUUUGCCGUCAUUGGGGAUUUUGAGAGUUGCUUGGCACUGAGGUACGAAGCACUUGUUUUUCGGGAAAACAAAUCUGGAGUUCAUCAAUGGCUACAAGUUGGUCACACCGAAUGGGAGAACUUUGCCAAGGAUGCGCUUGACAAUGGUUUUUAUCCCAUUGCCACAAAGGCAUGUGAAAAUGCCCUUCUAUAUCUACGGAGGAGUGAUACUUCUGGCUUGGAAAAUUUCACUGGAGAUAUCCAGAGUAUAGUAAGUCUCAAGGAAGUUGCUAUUGCAUCCACUGGUGCAUGCAGUGUUCAGGCAAAGGCAGUGAAAUAUUUGAAGAGGAAAGAAAUGGAGAGAAGCAAACAGCAAGCUUCUACAUUAAGAGAAAUCCAUCCCGUUGCAAGUGUUCUGUUUAGAGAUGGUAUUAAGAAGCGUAAUGCAAGGAAAUUUUCAGAAUGCCAAGCUUUAAGGUCAGAUGCGAGAAACUCACACACUAAAAUUUCAGGUUCCAUGUAGUCUCCUAGCCUUGCACAUACGGGUGUAAUUGUAAUGGUCCAUUUCCUGAAUAUAAAAUGAUUUGAAAGAAGUUUAAGUUGUAACCUUGACC